UUAUAUAGAUAGUUUUGAAACUAUUAAUUUCUGAGUUUAUAUGUUAAGCAUAUAUGAUUAUUUUUAGCCCCGGUGGAUUUUAUAUCCUGGAUCCGCCCCUGGCCUCUUGUCUUGAAGGAUAAUAUUAGUAAUAUUUUGCAGGUUCUUAUGUUGCAGAGUUCACUCUCUUUCUCAUUUUAUGUAUUUAUACAGUAUAUUUUAAAAAGAGUAGUGCUAGGAUAAUGAUGUGGCAGGUGAUGUGGUGGGUUUUAAUUGGAGUGAUCGGUGUAAAUGCAGGGGGUCAUCCAAUUAGAAUCCAUCACAUGUCAUUAUGUACAUGUUUUUGUACAUAAUUAUAUGCCCCAAACAUUUUUCUUUUAGAAAAUAAUUCUAGCACAGAGUAAUCUAAGAAGUGAUAUAUUAUAGGGUAAUCUUGGAGGAGAAUCUAGCUUAUGAUUGACGGGCCUUUGAUGUAGAAUUCAAGAGGGUAAAAUGUUAAACUUUGAACAGGCUGUCCCGCACAAAUACCUCAUUUUUACUCUAUUUGCUUUUAAACUUGUCGUGAAAGUAAUUCUCUUGUUCUGCGAGUUUUAGGAAAGAAAAUAGAAUGAUGAAAUAUUUGGUAGUAUUCAGAGCAUUCAUUACUCUUUCUUAUUUUCCAUAUUUUCUCAAAAAAUUAGGAUGAAAGUAAAACGAUGAAAAUAAAAAUGACCAAGUAAUAAUGGGCCUAGUGGCCCAUGACUAAGCUGUAAGCUAAGCCCGUAAAAUGCUCUUGUUGUCUCAUGUCUGUAUUGGAUUCACAAUAUCAUUGUUUGACAGAUUAGACUCUCUCUCUUUCGUGCCAACGUUCUGAACUUCACAGUGUGUCUCUUCGACCCUGCUAUUUUCUCUGUUUAGUUAAUUAUUGGUAUAUUAUUAUUGUAAAAAUAGUAUUAAGUGCACAUAAUUGCGUAUAUAAAAUUUGUAACUAAUGUGAUAAUUGAUGCGAAGUGUUUUAGUUGGAGUUGCACCGAUGUGGCAAGCGUAAUGUGCAUGACGUGGCCAUUUGUAAUGUGCAUGCAUGCGAAAAUAUAAUUUGGGGCUGAUAUGGCGAGCGUCAAAGAUAUAGAUUUCUUUUCUGUAUCACGUACACCUAGCUGUUCAUGCACUACAUCUUUACACUUUGACCAGUCGAACCUUUUUAUCAUAGUUUGAUUUGACACGCAUGUGCAAGUUUUUUUGUUUUGUAGCCGUAGAUCUUAUUACGCCGUUGGGUUGGUAGAUUUGAAAUUUUUCUUCAAUUAUAUAUGCUCCUCCUAUAAUUCCAGUUUAGAUGUCAUUAACAUAACACCAUUUUACUAAACAAUGACUAAACUUGAUUUGGUAUAUCAUCACAGUCUGUAUUACACGCGUGUAGGAUUUCAACAAUAUCCUGUAGUUGUUGGCUUGAUUUUACCAUUUACACGAACGCGUUUUACUACACGUAGAGUGACUCUAGCUAAUAGCGUCCUUCCCGCCUUUUUAUAGUUGUUGCUGUCAUUUCGUCACCUUCUUUUUGCAUGAAAUUUUUGACUUUAUUUGUAAAAACAAAGUUACAAUCUCAGUCUUUUGUAGAGUAUUCCCCUUUUACCUCCUUAGAUUUAGCAAUUUCAUCAUUUCAGCCCGGUGCAGACAACAUUAAUAUACACUAGUCAUAUGCAGACAACAACUCUUGCUGGUGAUAAAGUCCAGCAAAUUUUUCAAACAGUUUGAUAAACAUGUGUUAUGUGGGGCAUGCAUCAUGUACGUGAAGAAUAUAAUACUUUCAACACUCCAAGCGAUGACCCACUUGACAAGCGGAUCGGGGAUGGGAGGUUAACUGAGCCGGAAAUUUUAAUCGAUAAAAUAAUUUAAUUUUUUUACUUUUUUUAUAUUUUAAAAAAUAUUAGAAAUUCUGUGUGAAAGCCCCCUCUAAUUUUGAAAAAAAAAAUCAGUAAAAUAAUAUCAUUUUGAAAUGUUCUGAUCAUUUAAAUUUCUGGUUACGCGGAUGCACGCCUCAUAAAGCAGGGCCAUUACAUUGAGAUAAUUGGCAUCUAUUAUUUGCAUUCCACCUGUUAGACAAAAAUGGGCAAAGUGUUUAGCCAACACCAAUCUUCUUGACUGCCUCUCUGUUUUGUAUCUUACUUGGCCUGCUAAGCUCCACGGGAUUCUACUCUUCUUUAUCUGUAAAUAUCUCAUUCUUUGUUUCUGUUUCGUCCUUGUCCAUGGACAAACAGCAGCAGCACUUGUCGUUUGCCAAGUGCUCGCGGCAGCAGAUAUGCAGUGAAUGGUUUGUUUCUUCUAAUUGAUGUUUCAUGAUGUUCCUAGUGAUAUAACAAUUGAAGUGAACGGUGGAGCAUUUCCUCUGCACAAGUUCCCUCUAGUAGCACGUUGUGGGAGAAUGCGGAAGUUGGUAGCAGAAAACAGGGGUUCAGAUAUUUGUAGGAUAGAGCUUCUAAACCUACCUGGUGGAGCCGAGUCGUUUGAGCUGGCUGCAAAAUUUUGCUAUUGCAUUAAUUUUGAGAUCACAUCGGCUAAUGUUGCUCAACUUCUUUGCGUCUCCGACUACCUUGAAAUGACUGAGGAGUUCUCAAGUAACAAUCUUGGGUCCCGUGCUGAAGAAUAUCUGGAGACUAUUGUCUGCAAGAACCUUGAAAUGUGUAUUGCAGUACUGCAACAAUGUGAAAACCUACUUCCUUUUGCUGAUGAGCUUAAAAUUGUUAGCAGAUGCAUUGACGCUAUAGUAUCCAAAGCGUGUGUUGAACAGAUCGCUUCAAGCUUCUCUCGCUUGGAAUAUACUAGUUCUGGAAGACUUCAGAUGAAUCGGCAGGCCAAAUGUGAAGGAGACUGGUGGAUUGAAGAUCUGUCUGAUCUACGGAUUGACUUGUAUCAGAGAGUUAUUACAGCAAUGAAAUGUCGUGGAGUUCGACCUGAAAGUAUUGGUGAAUCACUUAUGAAUUAUGCUCAGAAAGAAUUGACAAAGAAGUCUGCUGUUUGGAACUCAUCGAACCAACCAAACCUGGUCACUGAAAUUAGCGAACAUGAAAGACUUGUGGUUGAGUCGAUUGUUAGCCUUCUUCCAGUUGAAAAACUUGUCAUUCCCAUUACCUUUCUUUUUGGUCUAUUGCGGAAAUCUGUAAUGCUCGAUUGCACAGUUGCUUGUAGACUUGAUCUUGAGAGGCGUAUUGGCUCCCAGUUAGAUAUAGCCACCCUUGAUGAUCUUUUAAUCCCCGCCUUUUGCCAAGCAUCUGACACUUUAUUUGAUGUUGAUACAGUUCAUAGAAUUUUGGUUAAGUUUUCUCAGCAAGAUGAAAGUGAUGAUGACAUGGAAGAUGGCUCCCUCUUUGGAUCUGACAGUCUUGGUUCACCUUCUCAAACUGCACUUGUCAAAGUUUCCAAGUUAGUGGAUAACUACCUUGCAGAAAUUGCACCUGAUGCAAACCUUGAGGUUACCAAGUUGAUAGCCAUCGCAAAAACAUUGCCAUCAGAUGCGCGCACCUCUCAUGAUGGACUAUAUAGAGCUAUUGAUGUCUACCUCAAAGCUCAUCCGGGGUUGUCUGAUACAGAUAAGCAGCAGCUCUGCAGAUUGAUUGAUUUCCAAAAGCUUUCGCAAGAAGCUGCUUCACAUGCUGCACAAAAUGAACGACUUCCUCUACAAUCAAUGGUCCAAGUCCUUUACAUUGAACAGUUGAGACUUCGUAAUGCCUUGUCCCAUUCUUAUCCUGACGAUGAUGAUCAGAAGCAGAUCCACCACUCAUUGCGUAUCAACGGUGGGGCUCUCAGUGCUGCAAUGUCUCCGCGAGACAACUAUGCAUCACUGAGGAGGGAAAACCGUGAACUGAAACUUGAACUGACUCGGCUUCGUAUGAGACUUAAUGAUUUAGAGAAAGAACAUGUUUGUAUGAAGAAGAACAUGGAGAAAUCUCAGACCAAUAAUUUUAUUAGCUCUUUUUCAAAGAAACUAGGCAGACUCAACUUUUUUGGGUCUAGCUCUUCACAAGGAUCAAGUCCUCCUUCACAAAACUCCCAAAGAAUGGAUACCAAGGUAAUUCAAAGGACAGUUGAUCAUAGCACAGUUUAACUGCUUAUGUAAUUAAUUUUUUCGACUAGCUUCAGCUGUGUAAUUUUUUUUGUUUUUUUAGCAAAAACAUCUGCCGGGGAGCCUUUGUUAUAUGUUUUUAGUAUUUCUUUUUCUUUGCAAUAUUACUUAGUUGCAUA